GUGGAGGUGAAGGACACACUGCGCAGGCGGAACCACUAUGAGGAGGACGGAGAAGCGGAGGGAAAUUUAAAAUGUCCGGACUGCCUGUUGGUAAAAGGACAACUGAAGAAGUCAAUUACUUAAAUUAAACUAUUAGAAAGUUAUAUUCAUAGUAUGAAUGCAAGACAUAUGUAGAUGUGUUUAGUUGGGAAACUCGUCAUCACUCUGUAAUCAAGGAAUGGAGACCUAUCAAGAUCAGAUUUUAGACUCACCAUCUAAAAAUAGUUACAUUGGAAGCUAUUACCAGCCACCAGACAGAAUAUUACCAAGACAGCUGGACAGCUCCGCACACUCAUCCAUUAGUACAGAUGCACAGUUUGCCAGCCUUCGGACAUCUGUGACGAAACCAAAUAUUGACAGCAAAGCUGUCGUUGAUGCACUGAAGACUCUCCAGGAUAAGAUUAGACGGUUGGAGUUGGAAAGGAAGCAGGCCGAGAAGAGCUACCAGACAUUCUAUCAUGACGCUCAGAAACAUCAGCAGUUCACAGCACCUAACCCUGUAGCUAGUCAACCAGUUACCAGCCUGUCUGUGACCGAUAAUAUAAGCAGGAAAGAGCUGGACCUAAAGCUACAGUCUGCAGAGGCUCGCUGUAAGGUUCUUGAGAAGCAGCUGGAAUAUAUGAGAAAGAUGGUUGAAAAUGCUAAGAAGGAGAGGAAUACCGUCAUAGAAAAUCAGGCUGCACUGCAGAACAAGCAGCCGAGCAGCUCAAGCACUCAGCGGGAGAAACUGGAGAAACUUGAAGCAGAGUAUCUCAAGUUGAGUAAAACCCAAACUGUGGCAGAGAUGAAGCUUUCCAUUCUGGAGCAAAAACUACUGAAAGAAGAGCAUGAACGUAAACUUGUGCAACAGAAAGCAGAUGAGCUGCAAAGGGAGUUGGACGUCAGCCUUCGAUUGUCUGUGGCAAAUGCUGAAGAGACAAAGCCAAAGAAGAAAACAAAAAACAACCUUAAGAAAUCCUCUAAGAAUAAGGAGUUUACAUCACCACAUGGCCAAAGGCACACAAAAAUGCCAUUUGUUGCAGGAACUUCAACAAGUCCAAGUCACUCUGUCCAUGCCAACGUACAGAGUAUCCUUCAUAUGAUGAAGCAUCAUCAGCCCCAGCUGUGUGAACGUGUGAGCGCUCUGCACAGAUCUAGUUGUAGUGCCAAGAAAAGCCUCCAGAAGAACUUUUCUUCAUCUUCCACUGCUUUAAAGAAACAUGAGAGCCUCCCUGAGCAAGCUGAUCGGUCACUGGGCUCGUUGUCUGACCUCCUCUUGACUCUGCAGGAUGAGCUAGGGCAGAUGAGUUUUGAGCAGCAGGAGUUGAUGCGUCAGAUUGAUGAAACCCAAUAUAAAGAGCAGAAGCAGGAUCUGCAAAGAGAAUUAGAGCGGUUGGUUACGAGGAUGGAAGAAAAAGGAGCUCAGAUAACUAAGCUACGCAGACACCAGCAGACGGUUCAGGAAUUGACCAAAAGCCAGCCAUGUGCUGAAGAGUACACAGCAAAGAGUGGGAUUAAGCCACCUGUUCCCGUUAAGGCCAAGCAGAAGGGAAAGAAAAGUGGAAGUCCCCACAAAAACCUGCAACUUUUGAGAGAAACCCAAAGGUUUCGAAGCAGCCUCACACAAGACGACCUCUCCUGGGAAACGUGAAGUUCUCUCAAAGAGGUUUCUGUGUGAAAGCUUUGAUUUCCUACACAAGACAAACAAACAGUUCUGCAGUGCUGCAUGUUUUCUGGCCCCAGGGCCAAUUUAACAAAACAUGCUAGAAUUAAAGUGCAUUCUGCAAGACUUGAUAAUGUGUUGAUUUAUAAAGCAAUAGAUUGAAAGGAGCAUUGUUCAUAGAAAAUAUAGUUUAUGAACCAUGAUGAUGUGCAGCCUUCAGAUCACAUUACGUGAUUGCAUAUUUAUCUAAUAUCUAUCUGUAUCUAUCUACCACAAAUGAGGCUGGAUAAGUAUUUUUAAAUCAUUUUUAAUAAAGCUUGUUCUCUGUUUAUUUUUCACAAUUUCUUUAUGCUGGUGAUGUUUUUGUUUGGACUUUACCACCCACAACCACCAGGUGGCAGUGCAUAGUGUGCAUGUUAACGUGUAGCUAAGCGUUUGCCCAUGUCAAGU